GGGCGGGGCUUACCGUCCACCGGCCAGUAGCGUUGCAGCGUCGCUCUGAGCUCCAGCAGCUCCACGGCUGGAAAAAAAAAAAAAAAAAGAACCGGAGAGGGGAGACGGAUAACGGUUCUCUCUCCAACAACAUUUAUGGAGCCGAAGGUCUCACCCAGCAGCUCCACCGGCGGUGAACCGACGCGCUAGCGGGAGGAGGAGAGCUGUGAGCGGGGCAGAAGGAGACGAGCCGUCGGGUCCUCCAUUGUCUGACAGGAAUAAGAAUAUGGCCUGGAUGUGGAAGAGGAAGUCGCUGAUCGCCACCAGUCUGAUCGUGGCCGUCUCGCUCUUCGUGGUCGUGGUGAACUACUCGGAGAAGCCCUACUUCCUGCUGCAGCCGGUGUUCGGCCAGACGUUCAGCAGCCACUGGAUGUUCUCCAAGCAGCCGUACAAGGCCUUCAAACCUCACCUGGGUUACGUCAGCAUCCCCAGACAGGAGCCCCUGAAGCUGCACUGUGAGCUCUGCAGCAUCGUGUCCAGCUCCGGCCAAAUGCUCGGCCAGGCCGCCGGCCCUCAGAUCGACCGCUCGCCCUGCAUCUGGAGGAUGAACAACGCUCCCACUCGGGGGUUUGAGCGCGACGUGGGCCGGCGGACCACUCUGAGGGUGGUGUCCCACACCAGCGUCCCCCUGCUGCUGCAGAAGCCCCAGUACUUCUUCGGCCAGGCCAACGACACCGUGUACGUGGUGUGGGGGCCGCUGAGGAACAUGAGGAAGGACGGGAAGGGCAUCGUGUACAACAUGCUGCGACAGGCCUCUGAGAACUACCCCCAUGCUCGCAUCUACGUCACCACGGAGGACCGCAUGAACUACUGCGACAUGGUCUUCAAGAAGGAGACGGGGAAGGACAGGAUCCAGUCCGGCUCCUACCUGAGCACCGGCUGGUUCACGCUCAUCCUGGCCAUGGACAUGUGCAAAGAGAUCCACGUCUACGGCAUGAUCAACGACACCUACUGCAAGACGGACGGCUAUAAAAAGGUUCCCUACCACUACUACGAGGCGGGCAGCCGGGACGAGUGUGCUGAGUACCUCCUCCAUGAGAGCGCCCCCUACGGAGGACACCGCUUCAUCACCGAGAAGUCCGUUUUCUCCAAGUGGGCCAAGACUCACGCCAUCAAGUUCUUCAACCCGCCGUGGCAGCUGUCGUGACCCCGGCUGAACCAGCAUGGAGAUACCGGAUAUCAUCCACAUGCAGAGACCCAGUGAAUCUCUGCGGAGACUCUGAGCUUCAUUUUAGCAUAAAUUUCAUUCCAUGAAGGUUGUUGGUCGAGUCCUGCUUGGAUUCAGGCCCCUGAAUCAGACAAAUUGACUUUAAGGUUUGACUGACCCAGACACGCUGACAUAUCUCCUGCUUCUUGAAUAUUAAGUCUUCUGGUUUUUAGAGCUGAAGGAAGAGCACGACUCGCUGGCUAAUCGAUCCAUGCGCUGCUCUGUGAGUCUAGCAAAGGAUGGUUUGAACUUAAAGAAAGAGAAGAAACAAGCGUCCGUCAACUGGCAGUGACCUCCCAGAUGCCCGCAGGCUCUAGACAUCACAGAGGCUAAAUUUACAUUUUUCUUUUUCCAGGACUGUAGCUGAAAACGAGACGUCGACGUCUGACGAGCUCGUCGACUCUGUUCCCUCCGAGCGUCUGUCUCCUGUCAGGCUGUAAUUAAUCUGUAACGAGUAUCAUUCAGGCCUUCAUCUCUGACUGAGGGGAGUAUUGAAGGCAGAUGCUCUGUCAGUUUCAAUUUACUCCGUUCUCCUCAAAGACGCUUCAGCAAACAAGGUCAUUUGAAAAAGAAAACACGAGCGAGCUAAAAGCAGAUUCUCUCCAAACUGGCAGGUAAACCGGCUUCGACGCUGCGUGUUUACUCACAACCUAAAGAUGUCUUUUCUUUUCUAAUGCUGUGAAAUUGAAUUUUCAGAGACACUGUGUGACGUUGGCUCGAUGUCUGGAUGGUUUUUCUAAUUUAUUCUGCAGAGAUAAGUUCCUAACGCUCUUUGACGGUGUGCCAUUGACAAUGUGAGCAUCACAGCCCAUAGAGCAAUGUGCAAUUAGAAGCUCCAUCUUUACGGAAGGAGUUCAGUCCUUUGUGACCUGCGGAGGAGAGAUUUAUGUGUGCAGUGGAACCAUUUGAAGUUAAUUGUAUUCUAUUAUCAUUUUGUGCCUGCAAAAUAGUGUGCAGUUCAUUGUAUUGACACAGAGGAAGAUGCUCUCGCUCUCUUCCUCUCUCAUCUCAUCCAGCUUUGUGCCUCUUUGUGUACAGAAUCACUGUGUGAACACAUCCUCCCAUUUGUCUUUGGAUGCAGCGUCUCGUGGUUCGGUCCAUUUCAUUUGAAUGCGUCUGUUCCAGGACAGUGGAGAAUAAUCAGAGAAGUGCUGAGGUGUGGGUUGGCUGGUAGCUGUGACCAUGACUUCCCCCCGAGGCUGUGAUUAGUGUCCUGGUCGGAGCGAGGACUGGGAGGACUCAAAGACUUCUAAUUUAGGCGGCUUGAUGCAGAGGGUCCCUGACGACGGUAAUAUACUGCAGCUGCUCCUGCUGUUCACCACAGAGGAGCUCCAGCUUCUCUCUGAGCACUGAGGUGUUGAUUUCCAGGUCAACAGAAUAUCUUCAGAAAAUAUCCUCAUAACCUAGGGUUCAGUUGUAGCUUUUUCUGGAACUAAAGCUGUUAAUUUGGUUAAAUGGUAACAGCUUUUGUAUCGGCACUGCUUCAGGAACGGACCUCUGUGCUGAUUACUCUUCAUUAACACAGUGAAAAAUAGUGUUUGAAAUGCUGCUGAAACAACAGUUAUCUGUAGCCUACUGGUCUUCUCUGGGAACUUUUUUACACCCUCAAAAAUGUCCAAUCAGGUUCAACUUGACAAAGGAUUUAAAUGUAGUUGUUCGGUUUAAAAAGGCGUCUUUCCACUGCGAGAACUCAGGACUGGAACGAUGUCGCACUAAAUGUUGCAGGAACAAAGCGGCUCUUUCAGAUUUUCUGUUUUGAAUCCAGCAUAUUCGACCAUGACACCAACAUUGGUUAAUACCUAGUUAGCUGUUGUAACUCCAGUUUUCUGAGCAUGUAGAAAAUAGAACAAAGGAGGGUUUGUAGUGAUAGCUACAUGGAGAUUUUACAUUAGAGACGCUGAGAGGUCUUCUCCAAGUUUAACCAAUCAGCUUCAAGACCCUACCCUGGAGUUGGUGCUUUAUUCUGUCUUCAGAAAGUCCUAAAACAUUAACAAGUUCCUGAAGUGGAAAACAGCCUCGUGUGAACCAGGUCCUACCUACAGAUUGAACUAUAUUAUAUUAGCAACAGAGACUUGUAGCGUCCUCGUGUUCUCUGGGAACUUCUCUAUACCUUGAAAAUACAACUUCAACCUGACAAAGGAUCUAAAUAUUGUUCCUAAUUCUACAAAAAGUGUCUUUCCACUGCAGGAACUCAGGACAGGCAGGAGUUAGUGUAAACUUUUACAGGAACCUCCCUAAUCAGCCAUUUUGAGCCUUUCUCUUUCCAAUGCAAUGUGGAAUCCAACUUAUCCAACCAUAGCGUCAACUUUGAUUAGUAAUAGUAAUUGGAUGUAACUCCAGUUCUUUGUGCAUGUAUGAAGUAACACAAGGAGAGUUUGCUGUCAUAGCUGUAUGGGCAAUUUUGCAUUAAAGACACUGAAAGGUCUUCCCCAAGUUUAACCAAUCAGCUUCAAGACCCACAUAGCAGUUUUUCAUGGCUGCUCAGAUGGACCUACCAUGGAGUCGGUACUUUGUUCAGCCAAGAGAAAGUCCUACAACAUCCCAAAGUUCCUGUAGUGGAAAGCAGCCUCAUGUGAAGCAGGUUCUACCUACACAUUGAACUAUAUUAUAUUAGCAACAGAGACUUGUAGCGUCCUCGUGUUCUCUGGGAACUUCUCUAUACCUUGAAAACACAACUUACACCCAGUCAGUUUCAGCCUGUCAAAGGGUCUAAAGCUACAUUCAGACUGCAGGGCUUAAUGCUCAAUUCCGAGUUUUUUGUGAAAUCCGAUUUUUUUGCGAGUUCGUUCACAUUUCCAAUUAAAUGCGACUUGUAUGUGAUCUCCUGUGUGAACCUCACACGACCCAAAAGUGUCCCGCAUGCGCAGAAGAGGACACAACAACGACACGCAGAGAGCGUGUUCAGUGUUUACGGAAGUAAACAUGGACGCUAACAGUAGCCGGAGCCAGCAUAUCUAUAACUUAAUCGUUUUAAGGAGAAGGUCAAGAAGGAAGAGAGCCAGGAUUUUGGCCCUGGCGUUUUGCAGGGUAGUGGCAGCAACGUCUGUCCAGAGAACUGUGUGGGUGCGGAGUCACAGCCAGGAGUGGUGGGAUAGUGAUGUGAGAGGCUUCACAGAUGCAGACUUCGGCAGCCCAGAAUAGUGACGUUUGUCGUGUACCAAUGACGUAUAGGUCGGAUAAAUGUGACCUGGCCGUUCAGACUGAAGUCGCAUGGCAAAAGAUCCGAUACGUAUCGGAAUUAGGACCACAUAUCCAAGUGGCCUGGGUCGCAUUUGAAAAAAUCGGAUCUGUGUCGUUCAGACUGUCAUGAAAAGAUCAGACACAGGUCGCAUAGGGGCAAAAAAAUUGGAUUUGGGUCACUUUAGCCUGCAGUGUGAACGUAGCCUAAAUGUAGUAGUAAAUCUAAAAAAAUGCUGUCUUUCCACUGCAGGAACUCAGGACAGACCCGUGGUGGCGCAGACUUUUACAGCUUGUACCCUCUAAUCAGGCCUUUAAUCCUUUCUGUCACUGUACGUAGCUUCAAUUCUAUGAGCAAACAAGAAACAGAACAGCAGAGGGCUGCUUAUGUUUGCUGAUUUGGUAAAUUUCCAAGUAAGGACACUUACAGGGCAGAAAAAUGGCACUUGUUGGCGUUUUCAAGUCAAGACCCGUCCAGCAGUUUUAUAGCACCACUCAGAAGAACCUCCCUCGGCAACAUCCCUAAACAUGGUUCUCUGGAGAUGGUUCCUGCACUUAGAAGAUUCACAAAGACGAUUCAAGCCAUCCAGAAAUAACUCACAAGGUCCUGCAGUGGAAAACAGCCUCGUGUGCACCAGAUCCUACGACACCACAGUGUUCCUACAGCUGCUGAACAAACAGUGAUUGUAGCCUCGUUCUCUUCUCCUUAUGAGACCCUGACAAUAGAACUUUCACUCAGACGAAGGGUUCAAAUUUAGUUCUUGAGCCUGAAAAACUCUCUGAAGGCCCAGGAGAUGGUGAGCUGGUGCUAAAUGGAACCUCAAGGCAGCUACAACUUGUGUUCAUUAAUUCAUAGUUGAAAAUGUGUGCGUUGUCUUCGUGGACUUCUUGACGUGUCUUUGGAUUGUUAAGAUAAAGAAGCAGAAGUGACUAUAACUCUGUAAAAACUCAUUAUUCUUAUCUUGGAAAUACAAGUUUGACCAAAUAAUCUUAACUAAUGGUCUGCCUUCUAGUGUUUCUCCCUCGACUCCCAGCUGCUGAUUAAAACCAUCAGAUGUAGCUGAAGGCCUGAGAUAAAACUAAGCUACUAAAUGUACCUCGAGCUGAAGACACCCUGUGGAAUUUUCUAGUAAACAAUAGGGAAGUUAAAUCUACAUUCAGUUUCAUUCUCCUCCAGGUCUAACAAACACCAUGAAUACAGCCUUUUGUUUGAGACAAACUAAAGGAUUGUAGAUACUUUGGAGACGAGUCCUCGAGGAGCUUCAAAGUGUUUUUUAACCUUUGCAUGUUUUUCAGCACAGACUCUUACAGUGGUAAAGAAGCAGUAACUUCUGAAGGUGAUCAGUCUUUGUUCUCUGAGUGCUUUAGCAACUGGAUUUUUUGUUGUUGUUGUUGUUGGUGGUGGUGGUGGUUCUUUUUGAUUUCAAGGACCAAAUGCAAGCCCAGUUGUCCUUUGCUGAAAUGCUUAAGAUGACCGUGACCUGGAACACUGAGAGUCUACACAGACAUUUCCAAUUUUGCUAAUAGUCGUCUGGGUUCCUUACAGUGAAGAUAAAACAUUUUCACUUCUUUGGAAGCUUUGAAUUGAAUCAUGGUCAGUUUCACUUGAUUUUGACGAAAAAAACUCUUUCAUGUCAACAUAAAACAGAAUUCUUCAAAUAAUUUACAUUUUAAAAGAGAGCGUAGAAGAGGUGAUUGCACAACUAUUCAUCACCUUCGGGUCAGUUUUUAGUCUGAGUGUCUUCGGUUCUCCUCAGACUACAUCAGGUUGUCCUUCGCUUUCAUUGAUGCUUCAUGUGAUGAUGCUGCCACCACCGUGCUUCACAGUGGGAUUGGUGUGUUUGCAGCAUUUUGGUUUCUCUUUUUGGACUUUUAUCAAGUUGACUUUAGAGUCUCCAACGUCUGGCAAACUGUAGCUGAGAUUUAAUGUCAUUUCUUUUCAACAGUGGCUUUCUCUCUCAGAAAGUUUUCACUGGUGAAAAACAAGCAACAGCUGCUGUGUUUUUUCCAUCUCACCCACUGAAUCUAGGAGUCUUGGUGGCCUCCCUCACUAGUCUACAUAAGAGACAAACAAUCACUGAGUUUUUGAGGAUGACCUGCUCCAGGCAGAUUCAAGCAUGUGCCACAUUUCUCACUGGACUCAGCGGUUCUUUAUGGGAUAUUCAGUGAUCUGGGAGUUUUCUUGUAUCCAUCCUUUGAAUUAUGUCUUUCAAUAACCUUUUCCCAGAGUUCUUGGAGUAUUCUUUUGUCCUCUUGGUGCUGUUUUAUCCAGGAGUUCUGGACCUUCUAGAUACAGGUGUAUUAAUGCUACAGUCACUGAGACACAUUGACUGCACCCAGAUGAUGCCCUUUUCAUGAAUUCUAGCACUUCUAAUGCCGGUUAGCUGCGCCUGUGUUGAAUUAGGGGAUUCAUUUUAAAGGGGUGAAUACUUAUGCAGUCACAUAUUUUACAUUUUGUACUUUUAAUCAAGUAAUUUAGUUACUAAUUUGAGUGGUAAUUGACACCACUUUGUAGAAAUCUGAUUUCAGUUUGACAUGAAAGAGUUUUUCUUUGUAAAUGUCUAAAAAGACAAAUUAAAAUGACAGUGAUUUAAUACUGAAGAAACAGUGGUGAAUACUGUUUUAUUUGUACUAAAACUAUAGAAAGUAGCUAAUACUUUUAACUUUCCAAGCAUUUUUUUUUUGCCAAAUUACUAUUUCACAUUAAGACUUUCAUGCACACGUCUAUAAAUACUGAAAGUCCUCUGGCUUCAGUGAUCUGCUACAGAUCAACCUGGAAGAAGCUGAUAUGUAGAAUGUUUUACUCAGAUGUUGAUGAAAUUUAACUUUCAAACUAGCAUACACCUUGCUUUCUGGGUUCCUGUUUGUCAGCUGCACUUUAUGAAAUUUGUUUUGCAUCAGGAGCAGAAAAAUCUGACCUUUCUGCUGCCCAGACAGAGCAUGUCAAAGCCGUGCAUCCGUCCUCAGAGCUCAGCCUCGUCUGUCCUGCUGUCACUCAUUGGAAGUCGAGCGAGCUGACGAGAGCAUCAGCAAAAUGCAAAAAUGUCCCGUUUUAAAUUCCUCCCGGCGUGGCUGAGCGGAUUGGAAGACGGUCGGCGGUUGGAUUUCCUCCGGGAUGUUGUGGAGAGGUGUUCGGCGCCACCGUGGAUCAAAGCGAGUGGUGGAAGAUGUAAAAUAUUAAAGACUGACGAGGAGAUCUGGGAGGCAGAAGAGUUAAAAACGAUCCUUCUUUCUGCUCCUGUGGAGAAAACAGAGGCGGGGCUCAUCCUGUAUGCCAUGCAUGUUACAUGAUCAACGUACAUCUUUUACACGUUUCCUCUCAGCUCGUGAUUGUGCACUCAUCUGGCAGCUCACUUUACCUCUCAGUCAUGUUGUGUAAAACGCUUCACACCAACAGAAGAGUUCUGCUGUAAGACAUCAUCCAAUCAUUUUAGCAUCUUCUUUUAUUUUUUUACUCAUAAAGGCCUCUCCACACUGUGUGAUUUUAACAACUCUAUAAGUUCACAGCUUGAUAUGCUGCAUGACAUGAAUCUAAUAAUCUUUGGGCACGACUUGAAGUUUGCUCUGUGCAGAUUGCGAUGAAAACGAAGCUGAAUCUCAGCCUACGAUGAGUCGACGUGAAUGAAGAAUAAAACGUCCUAAGCGUGCGCCGUACAUCCAUGAAAACUAAACAACCGAAGCAUAAAUGGAGCUCCUUCAAUCACAGAGAAACUAGCGAGAAAACUGAAAAUCUUCGAAGCUUCGUCCUGUUUUGUCCGGUUGUGGCUUAGCUGGAGGACACGUCUAAAAGGCUUCUGCUGCCACAACUCUACCAUCCUUGUUCUGAUGCGUUUUGUCGCCGUAAAUCGUCUCUUUGUGUUUACUGGUCAGUACGUCAUUCCAUCCUGCAUUUCUAUUGGUUAGUUAGUUGUCUUGGUCCAGCAGCAUCACACUGUGAGACGAUCACCCCAAAUUUCUGACAGUCAGAAUUUAAUGGCAGCUUGUCUUUGGUCGCCAUGACAACAGUCGUCCUUGAACCCGUCUCUCAGUGCGACGUAGGACCACCGAUGUAGAGCCAAGACCGAAGACAUCACCACCGUUCUCUCACCGUUGUUAUCUUUGGUCUAAAUCGUGCAGUGUGCAGAGGCCUUUAGUUGAAAAAGGUUCCGUUUUCUUUCUGUUCGUCUUCGUCCUCUGCUUUAAUAACGGUUGCCUUUAUUUUUUGUCGAUGCCGCGGUUUGUGAGUUUUUCUUCUUGUUGGCUUCAGGCUGGUUAUUUUCUGACCAGCAAACACUCCGUUGUUCAGCUCCAUGCACUGGAAGAAAACCCACCGAUGCAUUAUUCAGUGUAAUAUGGAGAAUACGCCUCUUAUAGGCUCCCAUGAAUCAUCUGCAGCCGCAUCAUGAAUAAAAGUGUGGGCAGAGUUGGAGGCCGACAGUAAGAUGCAUUUAUUUUCCAAGGAGAACUUUUAUUAUUUUCAAUUCAAGGAUACUUUUUAAUUUAAAAGAAAUACAAUCAGUCCUCUAGUAUCUGCUGCACAACAGUGUAUUAUUAUGGUCUGGAACAUGGAAAGGACUAGAACUAGGAAUUUCUGGAAAGAUCCGCAACAAGUUCAAAGGUCAUGAAUAAUUUUGAACAAGAGAUUUUUGGUAGAUAAAAAAACAGAACUAGGAAAAAUGUAUUUUUAACUCUCUGAACCCCAAGUUUGGUGGGUUUUUUUAAAUUCCUGUCAGGUUUCUGUUCACUGUGGGCUCAGUUUUCACUGCAGUAUAAAACCUGCACCUCCAUGGAAGCAGAACAAGCACGGCGAGAACCUGAGAAAACUCUAAAUGUCUUCUGUGUAAUAUGUAGGGCUGGCCCCAAUAGUGGUUUCUGGCCUCCGAAUAUUCGGGCCCUACAGCCAUGGCCAUAAGUUUGGACACAGCAUGACUUACUAUGUCUGUUUUGAUGUCUAUUACAGAACAUAACUAAUAUUUUUGACAGCACCAGUUUAAUUAGUCAACAAAUCAACAAGGGAUAUAAUAUUAUCAAUAAAUUCCAACAAUUGGAACAACUUUGUUCCCAAAACAUAAUAUUAGAAGAAAAUACCAAAAAAUGCAGUACUUUCACAACCGAAUUUGGUAAGAAUAACAAAAUGACACCAAACUCUUUUGAUGUUUUUUUUAAACAUGAAACUUAAUAUAGUUCUCAGGAGUUGUGUACUGUAUUGUAAGUGACAGUUUUGUGGUAUUUUCUAAGAUUCACAAGCGUUAUGGUACUUGUGUCCAAACUUAUGGCCAUGGCCCUAUUAAAGACAAAUAUCCAAAUAUUCGUUCCGCCCCGUAACAUCCGACGGGGGCGGGGCUUGUGGCGGAGACGGCCCGAAUAUUCGGAUCCAUUCAUCUGGUGUCCCGGGUCCAAAUUUUGUCUUGGUUUUGUCUUCAGUUAAACUGAAGAAUUCCCAAACAGCGGAGGUCUUCAGCAUCUUGUCUCUCCAAAAUUAAUGUCCGAAUACCGCCGUAGCGAACGAAUAUUCAGAUAUUCGGGUCCAGCCCUAGUAAUAUGUAGCAGUUAUAAUGUCCUACAUCCUCAAAACAACAAAUGGAAUCACACAAGGGUCCACAUGUAUUACCAAUACUGUCAAAUAUUUUCUCUACAUUCACGGUUCAUACUUUUAUUUUUCAUUCAUGCUUGUGUACACAUCCUGCAGUUCAGCCGAGAAGUUCCUGAAUUUUUGUCACACGACCGUUAGUUACAGCCAAGUCAUGAAUGGCUCUAUGUGCUUAUUUAGUCAUUUAAUUUAUUUUUACAGAUUUCACUUUGUUCAAAUGGUUUUUUAUGGCAAUACAAUUAAUGUGAGGUAUAAUAAUGCAGUUUUGAUGGAAUUUAAAGCUUGGAUUUGGCAAAAUUAAAACAGAACUCAUCAUUUGUCUGAUGGUUUAUUACUGCUGAGAAAUUAACAUCUCAUCUAUUCAUUUAAAUUAAUCCCUGUGGAGUAAAUAAACCACACAGCUCACCCUGAAAGCUAAAACAGAGCUGCUUUAUGACACCAUUAAAAUGCUGCACUAAAUUGUAGAAUAUUGAAGUGUUAAACUUUCAUUACCCCCUAAAACAGGUGUAAAAUAAUGCUGAAAAAUCUGACUUUUAGCAAACAGGAUUUGAUGCACCAAGAAAUCAACAAACCCGACACACACGGGUUUAUUCCUCGCCGUGUUUCCCCUUUUAAGUUGGUGGUAGUUUUGUGUUUUUGCAGUUUCUGGUCCUGAUAAAUGGUGUAAUCAUGGCAUUCUUUCCAAUCUGCUGCAGGUUUUGGGGUUCAGACGGUUAACAUUUCUAGUAUAAUUUGCUGCCAUUUUUUGUUUCUGUAAUUUCCAGGCAGAAGAAUCCGUCCAGUUAAAUAUAAAACUCACUGAAUCUGAACUUGACUCUCCUCUACCAGCAGCUGGUCAGAGUUCCUGGUUUCAUGUUUGGCUCCACUCUGCUCACACUUCUUCCAUUCAGUGGGUUACUUCACAUCUACACGUGUCUUCAAGUCGUCUAUUAGUGAAUUUCUCAACAUUUUUUUUUUGCUCUGAAUUUGUGUUUUUUCAGCAUUUGGCUCUUUUGUUUCCGCCCACAGCUUGAACGUGUAAUUGAGCAGCCUUGUGUGGCGUCUGAGCUGUUGUUUGCUUUCAGACGGUUUCGUCUGUCCUGAAGUCUGGCAGGUUUUUUCCUUUCUACUUGCUGUGUAUAAAUGCAAACGGUGGAAAAGCAAACUGAAGGUCAGUCCUGCUUUUUGAAAACAGAGCCCUGAUUAAAGCGUCUCGAGGUUUGAGGAACAAAGACGUGAACUUUGCUGUUCCUCGUCUUCGUCGUCCCGGCUUUGUCCUGCUGGGAGGUGAUGAGUUUGGAGAACUUCUGAUUGUCUGACCCACGUAGCAUCUUUAUUCGUCCCCUCCUGAGUGUUGUUGCCAUUUUCUCGAAGUGCUUUCUUACUUUUCGUCAUUUUAUUGACUCUUUUCCUGUGUGCACAUCUCACAGUUUUGCUUUUUGUCGUAGCGCACUUUCCCUUUUCAUUUCCAGGUCAAGUGUCCUUGUGAAACGUGAAACUUUGGGUGUGUUUGAGUUGCAUAGAAUGUAAAAAUAACACUGAGGUUGCUGUAGAAGAAAAAGAACAGGUAGUUUUUGCUAAAAUAACAUCCAAAUGCUGCAUGGAUCAUCGCAGGUUAUCCAAAUGUACAUUUUGUUCAAAAAUAAGUAGUGAUUAUGUGUAAUGUUCUGUCAUUUUGCUGUCUGCAUAUUAGCAAAAAUUAGAUAUAUCGUGAAUGUUCUCAUUUUUACUGACGUGAAUUCUGUCCUCUGUGUCUUUGAUUCACUGUGGGGAUUAAAUAAAACCAUGAAACUCCUUUA